AUGUUUGGUGGUUUAGUCAGGAGACAGGGAUUAAGGAGAUUACCAUCUUUAAGAGGAGCAAAUUUGGUAAAAUCUAAGGUUAUCCCACCAUGUAGACGGUUGAUUCAGACUACUACUGGUGCUGCUAACUUUGAGAGAAACCAGAAGAUUCAGAAAUGGGUCUUGUCUUUAGUUGGGGUGAGUUUUGUCAGUUAUGGGUUAUGGUGGUACUAUUGGCCUCAUAAUCCAUUUCCUACCUCUGUAGCUACGAUUUUAAGGAAAGGUUUAUGGGCAGAGAGUGACAAAGAGAAUUUUGAUUAUGAAAAGGCCUUGAAGAUAUAUAUUGAUGCUCUGGAUGAGUGCAAACAUUUGAAGAUGGAUCCAAUAAGUGAUGAAUAUACAGGGAUCGAAUUGAAAAUUGCAGAGAUGUAUGAAAAGCAAAUGAUGUUCAAUGAGGCAAAUGGAAUCUAUUUGGAGUUAUCGUAUAGGUUUUAUGAUGCAUUGACUAAACCGGGUUUAGUUCCUGAGGACAGAAGACCAGAUUUGAUAAGGAGAGAUCUUAGAGUUCUAAUCAAGUCCUUAGAGAUGGGCAAAGAUAUUUCAAAGGGAAAGAGAAACCUUUUGUCGCAUCUAUUACUAGCACAAGAAGAAAUUUUGACUAGAUCUCCAGAGUUGAAAGAGUUCUUCGAUCAGAGAAGAAAAAGAACUGAAAAAUUAUUCCAAGGUAAAGUGUCAGAAUCUGAAGAGUUCAAGACUUUUGUUAACAGUGAGAAUAUCAAGUUGAAUGACGAAGGAUACAUGAUUCUAGACCUUCAGAAGAAUAGUAGUGCUUGGGAGCCAUUCAAAGAAGAAUUUUUCACAGCAAGAGAUCUGUACACUGCAUAUUGCCUAUCUGAUAAAGAUUUAACAGCUGCUUUGAGUUGUAAGAUGACAACUGUAGAAUGGAUGAUCAUGGCAGACAUGCCACCAGGUCAGAUUCUACUAUCUCAGGCUAAUUUAGGUUCUUUAUUGUAUUUACAAUCUGAAAAAUUCGAGUCUGACAUAUAUCAAAUCAAUUUAAAGUGUGAAGAAGAUGAAAAAUUAAAAAACGACAAAACAAUAAUCAAGGCAUUGAGGACUUUAAACAGAAACAAGGAAACAUGCCAAAGCAUGGCAACACAAUGUUACGAUAGUGUAGUGCAAUUUGCCAAGAAGAAUAAUAAAUUAAGAUUCAAUUUAAAGGACCAACUAGACCCAUCUGCAGCACAAGCAAUCGCACUAUCCACUUAUGGUCUUGGUGUACUAAAUUUACACAAUGGUGUGCUAUCUAAAGCUGAGAGAUUACUAAACGAUUCAAUAAGCAUGGCUAGAGAGAUUGAUUUCACUGAAUUGCUCAAAGAAGCAGAAAACGAAUUGGACAAAGUCAAUAAAGCAAAAUCCGAAAGAAUGGAUAAACAAGAAUAA